AUGCAGAGCUUCAACUUAUUUGUCGCUUUCGCAGUGUUGUUGAUCAACACUCAGGUCAAUUGUGGCUCAUUUGUGUGUCCCAUUCCCGGUCAACCUAAAGACCAAAAAGAUGCCUAUUGCAUCCAAAGAAUAACUCGCAAGGAGCUCCGUGAUCCGGCUAAUAAAAAUGCAACAAUGUUCAAGCUCCAUAUAACCGAAAAAGGUGAAGAUGGCUUUACCUGCGAUGAUGUGAGUCUGAACGGUAAACCGGCCAGAGACAGCUUUUGCUGCGACGCUCCGGGUGACAUUGGUGUGGUUUUGCCAAGUCCCCAAUCCAUGUGGGAUACCAAAUGCAGCAUUAUUGAGGAUUGA